ACUCUGUCGGGCCGGGCGCUCAGGUGCCCGGAAGCGGAAGGGGAGCGCGGCCCGGCCUGGGCGGCGGCGGCGGCAACGCGGGAGGAGGAGGAGGAAGGGAAAGAGCCGCUGGCGGUCGCGAGAACAGCCACGGCAAGAGACGAGCCACCGGCCGCGGUUCUUGUGGAGAACUAUUAUUGAAGAGAGAUCCAUUUGGUGGAUGUAAUUUUUCUUAAAAAAAGAAUGAAUCAAGAGAAAACCUCUAAAUGCAAGUUCCAGAAAAAUUACGGCACAUCUCAGUGAAUUUGCAAGUGAAUCAUCUUUCCUUGCGGAUUGGCAGGCACUAAUAGGACUGCAAAAUGGGUCUCCGGAUUCACUUUGUUGUUGACCCACAUGGUUGGUGCUGUAUGGGUUUGAUUGUCUUUGUCUGGUUGUACAAUAUUGUUAUAAUUCCCAAAAUUGUCCUCUUUCCUCACUAUGAAGAAGGACAUAUUCCAGGCAUAUUAAUAAUAAUAUUCUAUGGCAUUGCCAUAUUUUGUCUGGUUGCAUUAGUGAGGGCCUCAAUAACUGAUCCAGGAAGACUCCCGGAGAACCCUAAGAUUCCACAUGGAGAAAGGGAGUUCUGGGAAUUAUGUAACAAGUGUAAUUUGAUGAGACCAAAGCGUUCCCAUCACUGCAGCCGCUGUGGCCACUGUGUGAGGAGAAUGGAUCAUCACUGUCCAUGGAUUAACAAUUGUGUUGGUGAAGAUAAUCAUUGGCUUUUUCUGCAAUUGUGUUUCUACACUGAACUUCUUACUUCCUACGCACUGAUGUUUUCUUUCUGCCACUAUUAUUAUUUUCUUCCACUAAAAAAGCGUAAUUUGGAUCUCUUUGUUGUUAGACAUGAGUUGGCCAUAAUGAGACUAGCUGCUUUUAUGGGCAUCACUAUGUUAGUCGGAAUAACUGGACUCUUUUAUACGCAACUAAUUGGCAUUAUCACAGAUACAACAUCUAUUGAAAAGAUGUCAAACUGUUGUGAUGAAAUAUCGAGGCCUCGAAAGCCAUGGCAGCAGACCUUCUCAGAAGUUUUUGGCACUCGUUGGAAGAUCCUGUGGUUCAUUCCUUUCAGGCAGAGGCAACCACUGCGAGUUCCCUACCACUUUGCCAAUCACGUCUAAACAGAUGGAUGGUGGGCACAGAUGGGUCCUCCAUGCUGGAAAUGCGUUACAGGUUUUAUGAUAAUAGAACUAUGACAAUCUUCAAGUCAAUUAAAAUCCACCCACCAAUCUUAGGCAUCAUAAUGUGCCCCAGGCUUUAUUUUAAUAGUGAUCUUGAUCCUGUUGUGGGACUCGUACAAGAUGUAUAUUUAAGUUUUAAAGCAUGUUUACUUUCAAAUUAGCUUUCCACAGGGAUUUAUUUAAAUGCUUUUGUAAUUAAAUUCAAAAGGCAGUGAUUGGGAUAAAAUAAUUGUACAUAAUUUCUUUUGGUACUUACAAUGUUACAGAUUUUUAAUUUAUGGGAAAUUUCAGAUUUUUAUUUGAAAUUUUCACUUUUAAGCACUUCUAACCAAAUCAGAAUUUAACUCUUCAGGUUUUUCAGUAGCUGAUAUACUUUCUUAUAGUAUAUGUAAAUUUCCUUUUACAAAUGCAAUUUAAAAUACUUCCUACUUCCUUUUAUGUGUACAGCAAGUUCUUUGAAAGUGCAGCAGCAUAGGAAUGAACAGCAAAGACAAAAGGGCACUUUUCUCUUUGGAGUAGCUUCCUGAUGUUUUCUUCUUUUCUCUUCACCAAAACUGAAAGUAAAACACCACUAAAAUAAAACAACAACUACCUACUUUAUUAUAAAGGAACGAUUAAUAGGUUUCCACAUUAAUUUUCCCCCUUUGCCCUUGUUAUUAUUGAUUGUUAUUAGAAUACUUGCUUCCAGGAGAACGUGUGACUGGUAAGAGUAUAUUUCUGUUUUACCCUAAGAUGUUAAUGGGUGAAAUGGGUAGACAAUUUGCAAUAAUUCCACAGUUACCUUUUCUAGUAAAGUUAUAUUAGAAUACCUAUGUUUUUAAAAUUCUACUAUAACUAGAUAAUACAUAUAUAAUAUACAGUAGAAAGAGGAAUAUUGUGCUUUUGAAAAAAAUAUACUUUUUACUUUUAUUUAUCUACUAGUAGGUCUAAAAUUGUACACAGAAGGUUUAUAUAUAAUAGAUAUUGACCAGCUCAUAUUGAAGGUUUAUUUAUAGGAAGCUGAUACUAAAAAUAAGCCUCUGACUUAUAUGUACUUAUAAUCAUCUAAAUUGAAAUUAAAUUUUAAUUGGCCAGCUACAGUUUGCAUUGAGAGACCUUUUAUUAGUAGCUAGUGUUAGAAAAUGACCUUAAAAUAAGAAAAUACAAUGAUCUAUAUUUAUCAUUAGCCUUAUACAAAUUUAAAUUGCUAAUAGUGAUAUUCUCCUGGAAAGUAUAGAAUAUUUGUAUGAAAAGACAUUUAGUAUGCUUUGAAAAAAAUUCAGCUUUUAUUUUUUUUCCAGUGGAAUACUGCAAAACCCAUAUAUACUUUUAAAGCCUUUAUGUACUCACAUUCUUUCCCUUGAAGAGAAAAUUGAAAGAGUCUAUGUUCUUGGACCAUAUUAAUGUUUUCUUUUUAGUUAGUUUUGAAAGUAAGGAAUCAUACCUGGCAAAUAAUAAAACAGAAUGUUACCAUGGUCAGCCAAUUGGAUAUACUGUGAUUAGUUCUUUCAAAAAUUGUAAAUAUCUUUUAAAAUAUUCUAAAGUGAUAAUAGAAUAAGCUCUUCUCAGAGAUGUUAGUAUCAUGUUUUUAUAUUCUAAUUAUAAUGUGGUAUAACUUAAAAACUUUGAAGUGACAGAUGAACUAUUUAUUGGUGCUGCAGGGGACAUGGUAAAUUUAAUAUAUGAAAUAUAUUUAUAAAGCUUAAUGAAACAUAAAAUUAGUAUGUUCAGAUCAGGCAAAUGGGUUGGCUUUUGUGCAAGCCAAUUGACUAAAUUAUGCUUGGUGACAGAACUGUUACAACAAAGUAAUGUAUAACGUGGGUAGAUAUCAGUUGAAUGCCUUGUAUUGUAUACAUUCCUUUUAAAUAAGGACCUUGAGAAAAUAGCAGAGCCAAGCGAAGACCCCCUGAAGAGCUUGUCAUCACAUUUACACUUCAUGUAGUAGCAGUAGCUGAAAGGCACUAGGGAGAUCUCUUUCCCACUCUGAGCAUCCGUUUUUGUUUUUCUUAGAUUUACCAACACUAGGGCACAUUCCGUUUCCUGCUUUCUCUUUAUCCUCCCUGGUCCUAAUCUCUCUGUACCCAGCUCCUCUAAUUUAUGGGACUACUAACUAAUAUAUAAGAAAAGCAUAUGCUUAACUUUGUUUGAAUGACAGAAAUACUACAUAUCAAUAUAUUUAUAUAAGAAUCUAUAUUAAAGUAUAUCUGUAUAUACUUAUACUGUAAGUUUCAGUAUUCCCAAGUUACCACACCUAACCCUGCUGUGUGGGUUUUGUAAUUUUUGUUAGAUUACUAGAGAGAAAUCAUUUGUCAAGUUUCCUAGCGAUUACAAAAACUCCGGUGUUCUUUCUGCGCCCUCUUUUGGCUAAUUGAUGUAAUUAUACUGGCUCUAUAGAUUUACUACCCCUUAAGUAAAUACUAUAGCCAAAUUCUGAACAUGUCAGAUGCAUAAACUUAGGAAUAUGUGGGCAAAAAUGUAAAAUUUUAUGAAAAUGAGUGUGUCAUUCUUUAUAUUUCUAGCUCAUAAUUGAUGACUACUUCAUUUAUGUAUAUUCUCAUAUUUUUUGCUAUCAAUGACUAAUUUCUAUCAGACGCGUAAGAAUUAACAUAAGCUAUUUCAUGUAUUUUAUUUUAAAUCUUAUUUGGGCAAAUAAGUUAUUUAGAAUUAGAAAAUCUGUUUCCUAAAAAUUAUCAUUUUAUUACAAAACACAGACAUUUAUUGUAGUUACAAUGGCAACAAAGUAUCUCAUGUGUUUUAAUGAAUAUGUAAAAAUACAUUUAGCUUUUUUAUCUUAGUUUUGGAAUGAUUUUUUAAAUUGGCUCUAUUGCCUUAAAACAACAAAUAAGAGAUUAAUAAUUCUUUCUAUACCUUUCUUUUGUUUUCUUUGUUCUUUUUUAAACUUUCUUGUCAGAGUUAUAUAUCUAUAGCUUUAGAAACCAAUUACUGUGUACUCUAAAUAACCAUGAAAAUAACUAAAUUAUUGACAUCUAUAUAUUGGACUAAGCAUUUCUUUUUUCUUUCUCUUUUAUUUUUUUGCAGUUUUUUUUGCCAGGGCUGGGUUUGAACCCGCCACCUCUGGCAUAUGGGGCUGGUGCCCUACUCCUUUGAGCCACAGGCACCGCCUCAGGAUUAAGCAUUUCUUUAUAAACAUUCCUUUUAAUUUUAAGCAAAAUGUUAAGAAAAUUAAAGGAUGUUUUUAUAUAAGUAAGCCAUUGAUAGGGCUUCUGGAAAUACACGUUUUUAUGUAGGUACUGUAAAUUAUACUUCCUGAACAAUCAUAUUUUUUGUUGUUCUCUGUGAACAUAAAAGUUUAUGGGCUUAGUUUAGGCUCAAGAUUGUAGGCAAAAAUGAACUGAGUUCAGAAUUUCCCCAAAAGUAGGCAUUUAGUUAAAGAGCUAUUGGUAUUUUGGACUUAAAGGUUAAAAAUACUAAGUUAGCCGAUGUUCCAUUAUAAUAAAAAUGCUAUUUUGCUUAAAAGUUGUAUUAAAAAUAUUUGUAGUUAACCUAAGAGAUAGAUAUUAAAAUUAUAGUGAACAUUAGUAACCUAUUUUUUAGAAGAAAGCAGUUUACUUUUAAUAGUAAUAGAGAUACAUAAGGUUCAGUUUAACAACUGAGUUAAAAUUUCUGUCAGAGUUAACAUCGAUGCAUUUUUUGCUAAUGCAUAGAGGUAUUUUUCUCUAAGGAUGGUAGCUAAUUAUAAAUAUUCUUUAUCAUGCUUUGAAGUCACUUCCAUAUAAGUUACUAGUUGGAUCUGUGUUUCACUUAAAAGGGUAAACUAAUUUUGAAUGCUAAUUGUGGAAAGUUAAGUUAGACUAGAUCUUUCAACCAGGAAGUGUUGGAAGACCAAAAAAUUUUCAAUGUGCUAGCAGGAAUGUCAUAGGCUGCAUGCAGAUUAUGUGAGAACUUUUUUGCUUAUUUGUGGUGGCAGAUAUCACGAAAAUUAUACACUGAUCCUUUUUUUUUUUUUGGCUCCUCAGCUUUCCUUAGCAUUUUUGUAUUUAAUGUGUGGCCCAAGGCAAUUCUUCCAGUGUGCAGCAAGAAAGAAGGUUGGAUACCCUUGUAAGCUAGAUCAAAUGGGGCAGUCUUUUCUUACAUGUAUUGCUAUAAAAUUAUAGUUUGUUCAGCUCUGGUUUAAUAUGGCAUUAAUAUUCAUUAACAGAGCUGCUAAUCUCUGUCUGGACUUUUCUCUAGUCUCUGACUACUUCUCUUAUACUUCAUAUACAAUAGAUUACCUAGCUCAAGUUUAUUAACCUCUAGUUCCUUUAUUAAAUAAGUUUUUGACUUGACCUUUAAUAUACAUAGAUACCUCUAGAAUUUAUUUGAUGAAGUUUACACGUGAAAACAUUAAGUAGUUUAUUAAUAGGUACAAGUAUUAGAUUUUUCACCCAGCUCUACUGCAUAGCUUUUAAAAAUAUAAGUAUUGGCAAGUGUAGUUAGUUAGUAAGUCAUGCCUGUUUAGUAUGUUCUACUUAUUUGUAUUAACCACAUCAUCUACUAAUGAAUGAGUGUAUUAUUCAAAACCCACAUUUGUUACCUUCUAGUCCAGGAAUCAUCCUCUGAAUUUAUAAUUCACGACACUUAUUAUGCUCUAUAUUUAGCCAUUCUCAUUUGAAUUCUAGAGUAUUCCACAGUAGAAUGGGAGAAAGUAUUAGAACUAACUUGCUUAAAGUGUUUUGAAUCAAUGUUGUUAUUGUACAUAUCAAUUAAUAUUUAGCAUUUCUGCUCUCGGGAUGAUGAUGGUUUAAUUUUAGGAAGGUGACUUUUCUCUGACUUCUUUCAUUAUCAUUGUGCAGUUUUUAACAACAAAAUUCACUGCAUUUUUGUCUGUUCUUCAUGUAUUUCAAUAGUACCUGCUAAUUUGAAACAGAAAUAACAAUGAUAUUUAAAAUUUUUAAGUCAUUGAUGCUACCGAUGUAUUCCAUUAUCCUUGUAUUUUUUUUUACUACUAUUAUGUUCUUUCCCCUUUGUCCAUCAAAGAGAAUAGGUACAAAUGAGUAGAGAGUAGCCAAAAACGUAUUUAAAUGGAGAGAAGUCUAGAUGGUGCAUGAAUACUCAGCAUCUCAGCAAUAGAGUUGACCUAGUACAGUUUUUAUGAUGUCAGAAAACCUCCUUGCGAUAAUCGUUUUAGCCUUAUUUCUUUUGAUACCAUUUUACUGGAAGAGUAGUUAAUGUGUAAAAGUGUUUAGUUUGAGUUAUUUAAUCUAAAGAAUUUAUAUUGCUAUUUUUUUUCAGCUGGUCAGAUGCCUUUGAGAAAUUAUUUUAAAAUUUAAAUAUAAUUAUGUAAUGUAUGUUAACAUGAAGUAUUAAGAAUAAUGUGGGAAAUGCAGCUAUUUAAUGCAGAGGACAAAUGAAUAGGUGGCCCAAGGUCUGGAAAAACUGGAACCUUUUCUGGAAGUCUCUUAUUGCAAAGAAAGGAUACUAAGUAAUACAGAUUUUUUUUUGCAGUUUUUGGCCGGAGUGAACCCGCCACCUCCGGUAUAUGGGACCGGCGCCCUACUCCUUUGAGCCACAGGCGCUACCCGAUACAGAAAAUUUUUUCACCAGAGGAAAAUAUCAACAAUUUUUAUAUAAGGGUGGCUGGCACUUUAACAUUUGGGAGAUUUUGGAGGUCUUGUUAUCUUGAGGGUCUCAUUUUUAUUGGCAUUUUGAAUACCUAUAACAUAAUGUAAUACCACAGUUCAACACCCUUACCUUUUUGGUAUUGAUAGCUUUAUAUGUAAACAAAGUUGUGGACAAAACAGCAGCAACAAAAGUUGUGAGAUCUUUUAACAUUUUGCUUGCCUGUUUGACUAAAUACAGGAUUUAAUUGUUUGUGCUGUUAACUAAGGGGAAAGUUUGUCCAUAUAUUGCAAGUUCUGUAUUCUUGCCACUAUGCAUUGGAUGAUAUUUUAACCUACAGGUGCCUGAAGUUAGUAUUUUACAACCUUAACAACUAAAACAUCCUGGUGCUAUUUACUUUAGCAUUGAGUGACAUUUUAAAUUCCUGUACCAAAGAGUUAUUUUUCUUUUUGGUUGGCUGAGAGUUUUCCUCUCACAUCUUUGUGUUUACAAAGUUGAAUCUAAUGUUACUAAGAACAUUUUGAUUAACAGAUCUUAGUUUUGUAUGCUGUUGCCUCAAUUUAAUGGGCUUUACAUGUCUCUCAUUUGGAGUUUUUUUUAGCUAGGCAGGUUGGUAUGAAUUUUCAGUUUACAUUUUAAUAAUACUUGGCUACUUUUAAAGGUAGUUUAAUUGGCCAUAGUUAUAAAAAUUAAUUGAAGCACUUUUGCUAAUUUUUGUGUUAUUCAUUUCUGCAACAAUGAUAAAAAAACAAGAAGUCUACCUUUAUUUCUAUAAAUUAACUAUAUACUUUUAAUGAAUAUUGAAACAUAAAGCUUAAAUGAAGGGUCAAGGGUCCAUUCUGAUUACCAAUCAAAAAUUUAGCCUGUGUGUAUAUGUGUAUGUGUUUGUACAAUAUACUCAUUAGCAGCUUUAAAGAAUGAUGCUGCUAUUUAUCUAUUUUGCAAAUAAAGAUAAAAUGAAAGAACUUUUUAAUUAUACACAAAUACAUAUAUAUACACCAUGUACACUUCCCCAAGAAGAAAUGCAUACAUAUCUUGAUUUGAGCCAAAUUACAAAGAGAAAAUCAAGUUUUACAAAGGAAAAAAAAUCUGGUGUUGUUACUCACUUUACACAAAAAGUCAGAAUAAGAUUAUUUUAAAAACUAAUGUGCAUUGUAGUCCAUUUUACAAAAAAGGGAGAAAAACGCCCUUUAAAUGGAACUUAAAACACUCUUGAAAUGUAAUUAUCCAAAUAUAGUACUGCUAUGUAUACUAUUCUGCUUCCUGCUUUUUUCCCCUCUGAGAUCUAAAACUACUUAGUCAAUGUCUUUAAAACUGCAGCUGAAAUGAUAAAUCAUUCAAGAAGGCAAGAAGGUUAACAGUGUUCAUGUACUGUAGACAAUCACAUCUGAAAACGUUUUGUAUUAUUUUCAAUCAGCUAAAAUCAUUCUUUUCUUGAAUGUAGAUACAAUAUAUGGUUUUGCAGUGAAUUCUGAACGGAAAAAAAGGAUCAAGUCUGAAACUUGUGUGAAAUGUCGGUUCAGAUCAUGUGGGUAUUUAGAAGUCCAGAUGAACAAAGCGGUGAAAACCAAAUUUGUUUGAAAGCAAAAUGGGAUAGGAUGAAGCAAUACCAUAUCUCUCACUUAUCUGUCAACAAUUAUUCCUUGCUCUGUGUCGCCAUUGUAUUGAUUCUGAGUAAUUUGGCUUGUUUAUGUAAGAUUUAAAUUAAUGUGGCUGAAUGCAAUAACUUUUUAAGUUACUGGAUGGUAUAGAAUUCAUCACUAUUUCCUGUCUCCCAGAGAUGAAUAUUAAAAAGAAAAAAUCCACUUUAGCAUAGGUAAGAAUAAAGCAAAUGAAUGAUGCAAAAGGAAAAAUUUCUGCCACAAUCAGAGGUAUUCAGACAAGUAAGUUGCAAGCCUAACAUCACAGGACAAAAAUUGGCUCUUGGGAAGCUAGAACACAUAUGGAUCAUGAACUUGCUUUAUGAGCCUGGAAUUAGUUUUCUUUUAAUUUGACUGGUAAGAUUAAUGCAUAGGAAAAAUUUGUGUUAUUUUGAGUCUCCUAAAAUGUUUUCAACCCCAAAUUCUGUCUGGCAUUAUAUCUCUAAAAUCAUAAAGACUUUUGUUUUAAUAAUAGUAUGUUCCCAGUGCCAUAGGAAGAUCCUGUUUUUAAAUUUGUCAGGCGUUUUUUUUUUUUUUUUUAUUCAGCGCAUGUUAUGUGUAAAUCUGAGUGCUGUUUUCUGGCAUUGUCUAUUAUUUUACUUUGUUCGCCUAAGAGAAUGUAAAGAAAAAUCUUCACUGACAUUUCUAGAGCUAAUGAUAAUAAGGACAAUGUAGUAGAGAGAAGACUAGCUUGAGAAGAGGAGUAAAAUGAGUGAAAAUGACAGGUGGGAACCAUGUAGCUGAGGUAAACUUGUUUAAAUGAAAAAUCUACACUGGUUCUUAACAUGAAAAACCAUGUAUCUACCUUAAGAAUGAUGAUCUUAUUGUUUUUAAUUUAUUUUAGUGAUUUAGAUUUAUUUGUGUAAUAUUUCUAUUUUCUUUGCAGGUUGUUUUUAAUUUAAAUUGUGGAUUUUUACUUCUCUUAAAAUGUAUUAUGUACUGUAUUUUUAGAAAUCUUAUUUUUAAAUAAAUAUUUUUUGAAAAC